ACUAACUUCAUUUUUUGAAGAGAAUGUGACUGGUGAUUACCUGUGCAAAAGUUGCUGCCACAUUGCUAAGGCCUUGCCAGGUUCCUGUUAUGUGGUUUCUGGAUGUACGGGGCAGUUGCUUAUGUUGCAAAUUAAAGGUUUAGAAUUUCAAAAAGGUAUGAAUGUUAGUUAGAUAUCUAGAUUAAUAAGUAGGUGGACAGAUGGAUAGAUAGAUGCUUUCUAAUAGACUGCCACUUAUAGAAAUUUUGCGUUUAUUAUAAUUAAUAUAUUAACUUAACGUAUUAGCAUUUGUGGUAAAAGAACACUUCAUUUACGAGAAAGUGAUGUCCGCAUUGAAUUUCUUUGCAUUCAUGUUUAGUAAAUUCCUCUUCCUGUCAUUCCAGUUCAAAUUCCUGUGGGGUGUGGCCAACUGAAAUCAAAUUCAAGCCCAACUCAUGAAUUAAAUUUGAGCCAAUUCUUCAGUUCUGAACCUUGCACAACCCUGUUACUGGCUCAUAUCAGAAUAAUCCACAUGCAGUUCUAGAUAUGACCCGGGUGAUAGUGAUGCUUGCCUUUGCAAGAGCUGCUAAUUGCCUUAUUUCAUAACCUGGACCAAGCAUUGCAAUAUCAAUUCAGCUCAGCCAGUAAUAAGUGUUUGUAUUUGUGUGUGAGUGAUAAUGGAUGUGUUAAUGACCAAAUAAACCUUCAACCAUCAUUCUCUCUCAUACACAUCAGGAGUGUGUGGUAAUUAAAUAGAUAAGUCUGCAUGUCAGAUUUGCUUCUUGUCCCUCUUGAUGCUAACCCGUGCUGACUAGCUCAUUAUUGGACAGCCAUAAUCGUGUCCCGCCGUCUGGUCAGCACUGGGAGUCACAUGAACAUUAUUUUUAUUUCUGGUUCCCAUUGGAUUUUCUGUUGUUUUUGUCAGUUUUCCGCACGAAAGGUGGAAUCUGACAUCUUUAUGCGCUCUGUGUUUUGUGACAUGAUGUCACCAUGUCGCAAUACUGUGUAAAUGUCACAUUGUGCAAACCAACAUGCUUUUGUUUCCCCUCUAACAUGCACACAUGGGCAUCGCUUAUGUAAGAAUGUCUGUGGCAGCGAUUGGUUGUGCUUUCAAAUUUCAUUUAUUAAUUUGUUAAUUAAUAUUAUUCUUCAAAAUAUAUUGUGAAAUAUUAUUAUAAUUUAAAACUAGAUAAAGUACUCAAUCAAACCUUGAAGCUGGCUUGAAGAAGCCUUGACUGAAAGUUUGAAGCAUUUGUAAAAUCUUUAAGUUUACAAGUUUAGAUCAGAUAGAUGUUUCUAGUUUGUUAAGACAGCAUGUUUCAAAAAUGAUCAGCAUGUUGCUAUCAUGCCUUAGCAUGUUUCUAGCUUGUUUUGUUUAACAUGAUUAGCAUGUGAUGUUGUUAACAUGUUGUUGGCAUGUUUUUAGAAUAUUAGCAGACAGCAUGUGCAAAUAAAGGGUGGCAACCGUGGGCUCAAUGAAAGAUGGUAGCAGACAUCCACACAGACUAUGCCAUGGCUGCACAGUAAUUUAAUCCACAUUUUUGCAGUAUCUUUUUGUUUCAGCAUAGUCAGCAGUCAUGGUGAUGCACACAAGUGCACAGAGGCAUUUGUGCCAUCUCAAACGUUCUUACACAGAAGGAAAUCACACGGAACAAAGCAGAACAGUGAGUGAUCAGAUGGUAUUGUAUUUGCCUAAUGAAAGUGUAGAGAUUGCAGCAGUGGUGGCGAGAUAAAUGCUCAGGUCCUUUGUUUGGUCGCUUCGCUCUAUUAUGGCUAAACACUCUGACAUUUAAGUAUGACAUUUCUGUCAUUAGACGUCCUGGCAGUAAUUUGCAGCAGAUCAAGGAGGUGUUUAAAGCCAUCAAAUGCUACAUUUCUCAUCCAAAACUCGUUAAAAGUGUUUAAUGAAAUAAACGGCCUCAAACACCUCUAAGAUUAUAGGAGACAUGAGCAGAUUUGUCAUACUUAAUGGUGCUUGCUAUGACAGUAUUAACUAUUGUUUAUACUUUAAGGGUUAGAGUCUUUUCAGAUAAAUGAUACAUCAAAUCAUGUGGAUUGUUCUGUGUGCUGUUAUUUUAAACCAUGGUGGCAGUGAGUUUUGCACCGGUAAGCACAACUUCUGUUUUCUUCAGAUAAUGUAAACAUCUAGUCUUUAAUAGAUUGUGUAGUUAGAGAUCUUACAUGCGACUAUAAAGCACACACACACUUCUUGGCAGAACUGCAGAUAUUAUGGUCUUGUCAGGCUUUUCAGAUAUCAAUGGAUGACUGGUUCCUGUUCACUGGACGGACACUGUACAGCUGAACCAAAAGCGUCCCUCCAUGAACCAACCUAAAUGUCAGCGCAGCACCAGCAACCGUUCACCUUCAGCAUCUCAACAUCUCCCAUAUUCUCCUCUCCCUUAAAGGCUCCUUCUGCCCAUGUGUGCUUCUGUUUGGACAGUCCUGCUGGCCUCCAGCCAGUGUGUAUAGUAUGGUGAGAAAACAGCCCACUGGGAGCAGUGGACCAGGGUUCAGGAGAGGCCUCUGGGAAACUGGCCACGUCUCUUUCACUCUCAUCCCUGGACCUGAAGACCUACAACUGACCAAUCAGAUGCAGUCUAUGCUGUCCCCUGGCUCUUACUGUCUCCGCUUGCUAAGACACUCACCUUCCUGUGACAUUCCUAACACGGACACUCCUUCAGGAUUCCUCCUGCAGUCGAACCGGGAUGUCCCACCCACCCCCAGCCUGCCUCCACUGGACCCCAUGGGAUGAAAGGAUGACCGAGGAAGAGGGUGGAAGUCUAAUGAAUAAGUGAUUAAGAUCGACAGUGUCUGGGGGUCUGCUGUUGUACUCAUCCUGAUCCCACAAUAUUAAUUUCAUCUCACUCAACUACACAAGCAGACCCCAUAAACCCACCGUCAGGUCCCUGAAGUACCAUUAGCACAGGUGUGAACUCUACCCCCCUCCCUUGUUCCUGACCCUGACCUUGUGACCCCGGGCUGCCAGGACACCGUGACUGAGGAGGCCACCAUGAGUCAGGAGGGGCAGCAUGACCCCCUCCACCCAGACACAUCACCUCCAGAUACACCCCCAGCACCUGGAGAGGAGGAGGCCGACGGAUCUAUGGCGAGAGAGCUGGAGCCCUGCAAUGGGACAAAGACAGAGGAGGAGCAGCAAGGUGAAGCAGAAGAUGGAGAUACAGAGAGUAACAGAAACACACAGUCCAGUGCAGAGGAGAAGGUGACAUUAGAAGAGGAAGGUAGAAACCGUGAGAUUGAGAGCAGCUGCUUAGAUCCUGUAACAGAAAAUGGUAAUAGGGACAUCAGUGAAGGUGAAGACACACAGCUGCUGCCUCAAAGCCCAGAAAACGACUCAACCAAGUCCCUGUGUGCUCUAAGGUUUGAGAACGGGACCGUAGAUGACAGCGAAGGGCAGGAGGAUGAGGAGGGGGUCCUGGAGGAGCCUUCAGCACAGGGGAACCUAGACGCCUUCAGCUCCACGUUUGAGCUCUCUGUAGAAGAUGCAGAUGCUGAGAUAGAGAACGAGGACGGCGGAGAGGAAAGGCAGACCCGAAAUCAGGACAGUUUCAGCUCUACAUUUGAGAGCAUUGUGGAGCAGGUCGCCAAGACAAUGGCUGUGGAGGAGGAAGAGGACGACGGUGAGGAAGAGUACGACAGGACGAAAGAGACCCAGGAUGGCUUCAGCUCCACGUUUGAACGCAUCGUCGAGUCAGAGCUUCUAAGAGGCGGGACUUGCUACAGCAGUCUGGAUUCACUAGACGUGUUAUCGCUCACUGAUGAGACGGACAGCUGCGUCAGCUUUGAGGCACCCCUCACCCCUCUCAUCCAGCAGAGGGCCCUAGUAGGCCCUGAACCUCCAGAACUGGAGCUGGAGACCGUGCAGGAAGGGGCUGAGAGUGAGGCUGAGCUAGGGACGGAGAUGGCAAGGGAUGAAGCCAGCUCUGCAAGUCCACUACGGACCACUAUUCCAGGAAGCAGGUCGGAAAAUAUCUUGAGCCAGCCGGCACAAUGGAGCAUCCAUAAUGGAUUCCACAUUGAGCUGCCAGGGAAUGGAGAGAAUGGAGGAACAAUGCCAAACUCUAUCAGUGAUGCCAGCCUCACAGAUGUGCUGUGUGACUCGGAUUCUGAGUUGGGCAGCGUGGACACGCUGGAGAGAGGAAGCACGGAUACUCUCGCCAACGGCUGCCGCGUCGACGCAGAUGCUGCCAAACGAUUGGCUAAGCGACUCUUUUAUCUGGAGGGCUUCAAGCGCUGUGACGUGGCACGACACCUGGGCAAGAAUAAUGAAUUCAGCCAGUUGGUGGCAUCGGAGUACCUGAGCUUCUUUGAUUUCACGGGGUUGUCAUUAGACAGAGCGCUGAGGAACUUCCUGAAGGCGUUUCCUCUGAUGGGAGAGACACAGGAGAGAGAACGUGUGCUGGUGCACUUCUCCAAACGCUUCUGCCACUGUAACCCAGAAGCCCUCACCUCAGAGGAUGGUGCUCACACACUUACCUGCGCACUAAUGCUUCUUAACACAGACCUGCAUGGACACAAUAUUGGGAAGAAGAUGUCUUGCCAGCAGUUCAUUAGCAAUCUGGAUGGCCUCAACGACGGCAAAGAUUUUCCCAAAGAAUCUCUCAAGGUGCUCUAUAACUCAAUAAAGAAUGAGAAGCUGGAGUGGGCGAUCGAGGAAGAUGAGUUGAGGAAGAGUCUGUCGGAGCUGGUGGACGAGCAGUGUGAGGCGGGAGGGAAGAGGGUUGUCAGGGUAACGGACAGCAGUAACCCUUUCAUCGCCAUUCCACUUUUGCUUAAUGCCGUGACGUACAAACACGGCGUUCUGACACGCAAAAGCCACGCAGACAUGGACGGCAAACGCACCCCGAGAGGACGCAGAGGCUGGAAGAAGUUUUAUGCCGUGCUGAAGGGGAUGAUUCUUUACCUGCAGAAAGAUGAGUACAAGCCUGAUAAAGAUCUGUCAGAGGUGGACCUGAAGAAUGCAGUACGGGUUCACCACGCUCUUGCUACUAGAGCCUGUGACUACAGCAAAAGACAGAACGUCCUCAAACUCAAGACCUCGGACUGGAGAGUGUUCCUCCUGCAGGCCCCGAGUGAAGAGGAGAUGAUGUCAUGGAUUUUCAGGAUUAAUCUGGUCGCUGCUCUUUUCUCGGCUCCUGCUUUUCCCGCUGCCAUCGGCUCCAUGAAGAAAUUCUGCCGACCGCUACUGCCUUCAUCCACCACUAGACUCAACCAGGAAGAGCAACUGAAGUCCCAUGAGAACAAACUGAAGCAGAUUUCUCUGGAGUUGGAGGAACACAAGAGGAGCCCGCCAGACCUGACCCCCAAGAGCAAAGAAUCAGAAGAGUAUCGAAUCAAAGAGCACUAUUUAACCUAUGAGAAAUGUCGCUAUGAGACAUACAUCAGUCUCCUGCAGGCCAAGGUUCGUACAGGAAGUGAUGACUUGGAUAAGAUUGAAGCCAGCCUGUUCAGUGGGGAGGGGAAAGAAGGUUACCUGCGCAAAACUCAGUCCAGCCCAUCAAUCAGCCAAGGUCAGGGGGUCAACGGACGGGCCGGUCAUAAACACACCCCAGAUCACAAUAGCUGAAGAGCCUUCUUCGACCUCUGAACUCAUGUGACACACUCACUUUUGAGCCUGAUUGCAGUGGGUUUGAAUAUGUGAGACAGUGUCGAGAGAAAUACAAACCGUAGCAUUAUAAUGUCCUUAUUAUUUCAAAGUACAGUAAAUUUAUUAUGACCAUAAUGUAUAUUAUUAGUAUUAUUACUACAACAAAAAACAUAGUUAAUUGUGCUAUAAACAUUAUUAUGUGCCAAAAAUGAAAAAAUGAGGAGACCAAGACUGUAUAAGUGGGAAGAAAUGACAACACUGCAUAUAAAGUUAAGAGAAGGUGAACUGUGGCAUUACAAAUGCAUUGUGGAAGAUGCACUGUGACAUGCAGCCAUGUUGUGAUGUCAUUUAGUAUUUUAAGCCUGGCUCACACUACAGGAGUUUUAAAAUCAUAACUGAUUUUGAAAUUUGGUUGCAGCACACACAUAAGGAGAAUCUUUGCAGAUGAUCUUCCCUCAAAUAUUAAACAUGCACACACUACAAGAUUUGAACAUCGUGGCACAUCACACACUGCAAGAUAUCAUUAAGAUCAUGCUAGAGGGAGCACUUCACGUGAUCUCACGCAGCAGAUCGUCACAGAAUAUAUAUUUUUUGUUUUGUUUUAGCAUGCUAGCUUUCUCCACUCACCUGGUUUUCACUCAUUUCACUCCAGCACCUCAAUUUCUCCUUACAGUUGUGAUGUGUUUUCGACACAUUACAGACAGUUGUGUUCAUCAAGUAAAAGUCUUCUAUCUCCACUAUCCAACGAAGCCCUACAUCAGCUGUUUUGCAGUUUUGCGCAUUGGCUGUGAAAGUACUGACAUAAUCAUAUAGCCAUCAUCAUUCCAAAUAAAUCCUAAAUAUCAAACAUGUUUGAUAAUAAUCGGGGCUGCCGAUAAUAAUCGGUAAACGCACUGAUCUGAUAAAAAAAUAUUACCAGAUAAUCCGCGCCAAACAUUGGGACAGAUCGAGGUGCUCGACAAGAUGUUCGCUCUGAUUCUCGGGAGGGGGAAAUCGGGGCUAAAUCAGGCAAAAAAUCCUGCAGUGUGAGCCAGGCUUUACUGUGACACACAAAGAGAUUCAUUUAGGUUCCAUUAAAGGGACAAAAUCUGACCCUCAUAUCAUUCCAAAUCUGUACGAUUUUCUUUGGAGGAACAUAGAAGAUAUUUUAAAGAAUGUUGGGGCCUAAACAACAUCAUUCCCCAUUUUCUUUCAUUGUAUGAAAAAAAAAGAAAACUGCACAGACAUUUUUCUAAACAUAAUCUUUUGUGUAAUGCAAAAGAUGGAAAGUCAUACAGGUUUUGGGUGACUUGAAGACAGAAUUUGUCAGUGUUAAAGUCCGUUUAUAUGUGGAGAUGACAAUGAGUAUUGGUCAAUAGAUCGACCAAUAAAGCGCUGCAGUGAUAGUAUUUUUGUAGGCCAACCUGAAAGUUUGCACAACCUUGCUUCCCUCAACAACAACUUUAUUGCAGAAAAGAAGCUCCGUGUCCGAUAAAAGUUUAUUAUUCUUACAUACUUUAUUCAACAUAAUAAUCUUCAGAAAUGGACAAAAUUGUAUGACUUUUGACACCUAAAGCCUGGACACACCGAGCCAACAGCGAGCGACCGUCGGGAUAGUUUAUUUGCUGUGUCGGCUCUAAUUGGAUGUUCAGUUUAGCAAACAAAUCAGUGCCCGAGAAUUAAAUUGAAAGUGAUGAAAACAAUCAUGUGAAUGAAGGUGGUACAGACAAAAGGCUGUUUAAAUAUUACAUGAUAUUUAUAGGUGAAUGUUUUCAACAUGAGCCGCUUAAAAAGAUUAAAGUUACUGAUAUUCAAAAUGGUAAGCAAGCGCUGCUUUGUUUACCUUUCGUAUAUCUGCGUUUAUCUCGUAUAUCUUUAUUUCAGUUUCUCCUUUUGAAUGACGAAUAUAAAUACUAUUAUUAGUUGCUGAUAUGAACAGCUCGUUCCUCUCAGGCAUGCGCAGAAUGACCGUGUUAGUUUGCCAUCGGCUUUAGUCUGUGCGGUAUGUUACAGCGCAGCUUUUUGGUCCAAUGCUUUCGUUGCCGCUAGUUCUUUGAAGUUGGCUUGUAUGUCCGGGCCUUAAAUAUAAUCAACAAAAGUAAAACGCUAAACAUAGGCUAUGAGUGAAUUACACCAUGGCCACAUGACUUCAACUUCUCCGCUAUUUACCUUCAAACAACUCUUUCAAUCAAUGUUUUUUUGUAUCCCUAAAAUGCAAUUUUUUUCAGGUUUUGGCCUUUAAAAACAUGUCAUCUCUGCAGCACUCUAUAGCAUGCAGUUAAGGUGGGACUGUCGGUUUGACUGACCAAUGGCAGACAGGGAGAGUUCUGAAAAUCUGUUUGAAAAGUCUAAACUGCAAUUCCGCACAGAAGUGACACAUUUCACCUUUAAAUAAAUCAUGACAUCACUUUGCAGUGUUUGACAUUCUUUAUGACAUCACAACGUGUGUGUAUCCCAAGGCUGUGUGUAGUAAUGGCUUCCUGAUUGACAGGUCUGCUUUAGAUGUAGGAUUUGAUGUACUUGUGAGAUGCUCACAGUAUCGGUCUCAUGAAGUGGCCAGUUUAAGGGCUUUGCUACACGUUGGGGUGCAUGUAAAGAUUCAUGUGGGCUGUUUAUAGUGUUAUAUAACUACCCCCUUGUAAUUAUUUAUUAUGUUAUAUUUAUUAAUUGUAAAUUUAUAUUCUCCUUUUGGAGAAAAUAUAGCGGGAAGUCGCUUGUAAAGAUGACUACAUUUGACUCUUGAUUAGUUUUACCUGCACCCUUGUUGUUUUUUGUUUGUUGUUUUAACUCUCUUAACUAAGGAGCUGACGGUUGAUUAAUGGAUCCAGGGAUAUAUCCGAUGUUGGAAAAUACAGUGUCUUAACACGGACAGGGUAUGGGACAUUGUAUGCACACAAGCGAGGAAGGAAGACUGCAAGUUGAGUCUGAAUAUGCAAAACAGUGACGAAGAGGAAAAAAAAUUGGGACUGAAAGCGACGCCCUCAUUUUCUCUAUUCAGUGGACCACAAAGCCUCUAUGUGUUUCUAUGUGCCUGCAGAAAAUUCAACCUGGACUGAAUAUUGAGCAGCAGGACUGCAAACAACACACCAUGAACCUCCCUGCUUCUUCAUCUGAAUCGCUGUAGCGUAUCGAAAUGUCUCAAUCCUGGAAACGUGUCACUUUUGAAGAAGAUAAUUGUUCUUGAGCCACCAAAUAGGACUCUGAAACUUAAUGGUACAAACUUUGAGCAAGUGCAAGUAGAUUUUUAUAGUCCUGUCGUAAAGCAUGAGGACGUGAGAGAUUGAGCUUUUGGCUCUUUUAUGCUUUAUGGAUGUGGAAUGACAUUAGAGCUGCAAUUUUAUACAUUCUUAGUAAUGGCUUUCUUAAAAGGGACCUCUAUAGCCUUCUUUUCGCUUUGGCUGUUGUGCUAACAUGAUUUUCCCAUUUAGGGUAGAACUCCGAUGCUGUUGUAAUAAAAGAUUGUGAUUAUUUCACCAUCUCAA